AUGGCUCCAAUUGCUUCUACUGAAAUUUCUUUGAAUAAUUCUCGAAUUCGUAUCGGAAAAUUUUUAUUCGAUGAAAUAUUUGGUAUUGAUAUUAUUGAGAAUACUGAAACAGACGAAGAAAGGCUAAGAAACUGCACGUGUGAAUGCGGUUUAUCUAAUCAAGAGAAUCGAAUAGUGGGGGGACGUCCUACAUUACCGAAUAGAUAUCCCUGGAUUGCGAGGCUAGUGUAUGAUGGUCGUUUCCAUUGUGGUGCUAGUCUGCUCAACAACGAUUAUGUAAUUACCGCUGCUCAUUGUGUACGGAAUUUAAAACGAUCGAAAAUUCGAGUAGUACUUGGCGAUUACGAUCAAUACGUAAAUACUGAUGGAACUCCUGUUAUGAGAGCAGUGAGUGCUGUAGUACGUCAUAGAAAUUUUGAUAUGAAUUCCUACAAUCACGAUGUAGCUUUAUUAAAAUUACGCAAGUCUGUGAAAUUUUCGAAAAAGAUUCGACCAAUCUGUUUACCUCAACCAGGGACCGAUCCUGCUGGAAAAGAAGGGACGGUAGUAGGAUGGGGUCGUACUUCGGAAGGAGGCAUGCUGCCUGGAAAGGUGCAGGAGGUGCAAGUCCCUAUAUAUAGCUUGACGCAAUGUCGAAAAAUGAAAUAUCGAGCAAAUCGAAUUACUGAAAAUAUGAUAUGCGCCGGCCGAAAUAACCAGGAUUCUUGUCAAGGAGACAGUGGUGGUCCUCUUCUUGUUCAAGAAGCCGAUAAGCUUGAAAUAGCAGAUGAAGGAUUUAUUGGUUUUUCAAACAAACAGCCACUUUACGUCCUACUACAAAUAUCUAUGAAAAACUAA